AAAUAAACGCUUAUUCAAAAAGUAUUGAGAAAAACUCGUUUAAAGAACAUUUUCUUUAUUUUCCGUUAUUAGUCUUUAUUUCACAAAUCCAAAUUAUUUGUCUCCGUUGGAGAAUUGUUGCUUUUAGCUUUUUGUUUUGUGUGAAUUUCGCCCCCCCCGUUUGUGCGUGUGUGGCUCCGACCAGUUAACGUUAGCCAUAACGAACUGUUAGCAGACAGGUUAGCUUUUAAAGAGCUCUUCCUGAUUGAUAGAAAGAUGAUGGGGGGAAUUAAACAAGAGCAGAGUGAUGCAUCCCAUCAGCCCAAAGCUUCACACCCAGUGGACCAACAAGAGGAGCCAAAGAAGCGAGGUUGGCCAAAAGGAAAGAAAAGAAAGAAGGUUCUCCCUAAUGGUCCGAAGGCUCCAGUAACAGGAUAUGUUCGCUUCCUGAAUGAACGACGAGAAGUUAUGAGAGCCCGAUACCCGGAUUUACCUUUUCCAGAAAUCACAAAGAGACUCGGAGCCGAGUGGACACGAUUAGCCCAAAACGACAAACAGCGCUAUCUUGAUGAGGCGGAGCGAGAGAAGGUGCAAUAUGCUCAAGAACUGAAGGAGUAUCAACAGACUGAGGCGUACCACAUCACCAGUGCCAAGAUACAUGACAAGAAGAUUAAAAAGGAAGACAGUCUGCCGGUUGUUGUCAGUACAAGUUCAGGAUUGUCUUUAAUGAAGGCUCCCGAGCUCUCAAGCAGAUUUGACAUUCCUAUUUUCACCGAAGAGUUCCUCGAUCAGAAUAAAGCUCGAGAGGCCGAGUUGCGCCGACUUCGGAAGGCAAACAUUGAGUUUGAAGAGCAGAACGCUAUGCUGCAGCGCCACAUCAAUGACAUGAACAGCGCUAAAGAACGUCUGGAGGCUGAAUUGGGGCAGGAUGAAAAGCGUACCCAGGCUCUUCACUCACAUCUGCUGGCCAUUAAACACACGCUGGUCAGCAGCCUGUCCACAGUCCCUCUGCCAGGUACAGGGGAGACAGCAUCUCUUGGUAAUCUUGACUCAUACCUGAGUCGACUCAGUGGGGUCCUGGAUGGAAAUCCUCAGAAACACCGCGCUCUCCUCAGCCAACUUCAUGAGGUCUUUUCUCAUCUGGACAGGAAGACUUUUAUGUCUAACCAACUUAAGUCAGAACAUUAAAAAAGCAAAAACAUUUGCUAGAAUCUUAAAUAUUGUAUCUUUAAUAAGCAGAUUAAUUUCUUAGUCUUUUAUGUUUGCAUUGUAGUAAUUUCAUUUUAUAUAUGUAAAAAAAAAAAAACAACAACAAUAAAAACGACAUACAAAUGGCUGUUAGGUGGUUUCCAUCAAACUCCUGUUUAAUAUUUGAGAAUCCAAACCUUCUAUAGUUGGGUUUCCUGGCAUGUAGUUUGAAAACAGAACAGAAAGAAAUUCAUUCCUACAUCACUUUUUAUGCCGCAGAUAAUAUCUCUAGUUUUCUGUCAUAUUUUCAUCUCUGUUCCUUGUCAGCAAGAAAUUAUGAGGAGUGUCGGAUGGCCAUGCAGCUGUGCCUCAUCUGGACAAACGACUGUUCGAAUCAACAGAAAAUUUGGGUGUGAUAACAUCUGCAAAGGAACUUGUUCAAAUUCUUAUGAAAAACACAUAUGGUCCAUGUCAACUUGUCUGUUGUUUAUAGAUACAUGUAUUCUGUAUGACAUGUGCUUCUGAACAUGUUUAAUCUGAAUGUGAAUCAGAGGAAGCAUGUAGGUAUUUUGACCAAGUCUAUUCUUUUUUUGUACCACACUAACUGGACAAAAAAAACGAUGACUCUAAUUGUGUUUUUUACAUUGUUUAUAGCAGUUGUUCACAGGUUGGUUGCAGAUUCAAUACAGUAUGUAUAUAAGUAUUUGUAUCCUGCUCUGGAUGCAUUGCUCAUGGAGAAACGGCAGCAGGGCUAAAUUGUAAAUGCUGGGGUAUGAAAUUGUGGAUUUUCAACAUUGUCAGGUUGUAGGACGAAUAUGCUGUUUCUAAUGUCGUCAUAACAUAUGUUUAUGCAUUGUUUUUGUAUUUUGUUUUUAAGAUGUCCAUUAAAUCAUUGUUUUCAUGUCAGUAUAGACAUGCUUAAAAUGUACAGACAAAACUUGAAUCACAUUUCUGAACAACUUCUACCACAGAGUUGAAAUGUCAUUUUGGUGGCAUGAGAAAACCUGUCUUGUAAUUUCCAUGAUCACAAGCAGGUGGAGCUGUUGAUCGUUUUAUGGGAUUUCUUUUAUUGUCUCUGCUUCUGCUCUGCUUGCUGUGGGGGUUUAAAGACGGGUUGCUUGACAAGGUUCAAGACUUUAACUUUUAGACUCAGAAUAAACGGGUAUGUUUUCCAAUAAAUACAAAUUCAACAAAGCA